GUAUGCGCCCGUUAUUUACGUCAUCAAUGUGUGUCCUGAGCAGUUGGAGUAGAAGCAGAAGUGAAAAUGGCUGCAAGGUUAAUGAGAGCUGCAGUCCGAGCUUCGGCUCUGUGCCGUGUGUCUUCAGCUCCUGUUGUCAGCAGGGGGAUGGCGGCCGGAGGCAUUCCCACUGAUGAGCAGCAGGCCACUGGGCUGGAGAAAAAAAUUCUGACGUCCUUUAAGGCUGGCGCGGACCCAUACAGUGUGUUAAAGCCGAAGCAGUACACUGGCUCCAAAGAUGACCCGCACAUCGUCCCCUCUAUCAACAAUAAACGCAUCGUCGGAUGUGUCUGUGAGGAGGACAACACAGCCAUCGUGUGGUUCUGGCUGCAUGAAGGAGAACCUCAACGCUGUCCAUCCUGCGGCUCGCACUAUAAACUGGUUCCUCAUGACCUUCCUCAUUGAGACUCUGUAAACAUACAUCUGUUUUUCCCCAUGUUAAUUAACAUAACAAAUAUAUCUGCUGCAGUUAGAACUCUGACAGUACCAAGUGUAUGUAACAGCAGUUAACCCUAAUAAACAAUUUAAACCUUU